AUGACGCCAUGGCUAGUGGCGGUUUUUUGUUUGGUAACUGCAGGUUGUUUGAACGUUACCGAUCAACAAACAUCCGAAUCUCAAAAUGAACAAGUUGCGAUUCUUAAACAGCUUAGAAAAGUAAAUGAAGAUGGAUCUUAUACAUUUGGUUACGAAGCUGGAGAUGGUUCUUUCAAGGUAGAAACCCGCGACGUGCUCGGCAAUGUUAAGGGUACCUUUGGUUUUGUCGACGGAAACGGUGAAAUAAAACGAGUAACUUAUUCAUCAUCAAAUGGGACAGGGUUUAAAGCAACGACGGUCUCACCAUUGCAGGAACGUCCAUCAGUAGUCCAGACUAUUCCCCGUACGAACCGAAGUUCCAGUACCAGGAAACCCAGUCCGACAUUAGCCUACUCAACAUCAACUUCCACAGAGUCAUCAUCAACAUUAUCUACAUCAUCCACGUCAUCAACAUCAUCAACAAUAAAUUCAAAAUUAAACGUCGGGCCAACAACUGUUAGAAGCAGAAUCAAAACAACUCCAAUGCCAAGUUCUAGUAUCAACUCUACUGAAGCUGCACCAAAAACAGUUUUCGGUAACUAUUUAAAAAGCACUAAGCGCCCGCGUUCUUUUAUCAACAGCCAAAGAUCUCUACCGUCAUCAACAUCCAGCGAACAAGAAUCUCCAGAUAAUGGGGACGAAGAUUCACAAAUAAUUCGACCAACUGUCGAAGCAAAAGCUGCAACCCAACGUAAAAACUAUUUCACAAAACGUCCUAUUGAUCAUACGCUGCGUCCAAUAACAGAAGAAUUUGAUGAAAAAGAUGACGAGUCUAAAUCAGCAGUCACUGGAAAUAAUUUACGUCGCCAACUUCACGACGAAACGACAAUUAAAGUUGAAGAAUCUCGUGAAAGUAGCGACGAACAUUCGGAUGUUUAUCACAGCGGAUCGUUAUCAACUCCAAGACCACUUUUUACGACAACGAACAACCCGAAAAUAAUUCAACGAAUCAGAAUGGAACGGCCUAAAAUACUUUAUCAUAACCACAACAAUCAUCAUCAGCAAGUAAAGUCUUCAAAUGAAGAAAACUACGGACCCGCGCAAUUCGAUGAUUCAAAAUAUCAAAACACCAGAGUCUAUGAAGCAGAGAACAAAAUCGCUGAACAAGAACGCGAAGCUCCUGAGCAAUUUGUUUACCGGGUCCCGCAUUCUCGCGUACCCCAAAGAGACUACGCAAGAACUAUGGAGCCGCUUUACAUUCGAAGACAGCAGCAGAUUCUCAAAGACUUACCCCCGAAUCUUUUCGUUCCAUCUCCGAAUGAUGAAGAAGAUUACCAACCACCAGUUGAAAGGAUCUUGGCACGAUUGCAAGCGAGAGCUUAUCCCCGACCCAGUGAACAAGAAAACGUUGAUUACAUCGCAGAAGCUCCUGGCCAGCAGCCAAUGGAACCCGUGCAGCCUCAGCCGCCUCCACCGCCACCAGUUCCUGCACCAAAUCCAGCAAAUCAUCAAAAUUACAUCAACCCCCGGCAGUUCGCCAGAUUGAUUCGACCCUACGUUAUGGAUCACGAAGCGAGAUCUCGAGCUUACAUGAGACUUCAACCAGUUGACGAAAAAGAUUACAUGGACGGUUACUACCGGAAUGUUGUCUUACCACCGGAAGCGCCAAAUCCUAUCGCACCACCGCUGAGUCGUCGCGACUUCCAGCUUCUUCUCCGACGUUUACUUGUCAGUCAGUACGGGGUCCAGGCAUUGAGUCACCCGAGGACUUACUUAGACCACGCUCUAUAUGACGAACAGUCUUUUCCUUAUCAACGACCGCGGCUCAUGUACGAAGAACCGAUCCCGCAACCCAGACCUCGACUGAUUCCUGCAAUAGAUCCUUUAUACAACUCCUAUUAUCCUGAACAAAAUCCAGGCUAUCAAGAUCCACGAUACGCUAGAAGAGUUUACCGCCAGAAAUUUUAUGACCAGGAUGUCAAUGACCCAGAUGACCACAAUCAUGGAGAUGAAAUUUUACCCCCGCCUGUUAGAGAAGCGCUGCUGCUUCGGAUGUUGCAGUUAGCGAUAAAUAACCAGCGUUCGAUUACGCCAAAUACUAUUCUAAUGAGCACUACGCCAUCUAGCUCGAUGACGCCGGUAACAACUUCCGGUUAUAGGAAAUCCGGACCUGUUAGAAGUGUUCAAAUUAUUACUGAUGAUAAAUCUGAAGACAAAGAUGACACAAGAAAAAAAUUAUAA